AUGGCGUGGUACUCGAUUCUCCCGCCGUAUCUCACUACGUUUGAAACCUGGGUUGUGAGGAUCUUUUUCGUACUCGGCCUACUGACUAUAGGCCCCUGGGCUUUCUUGAUAGUCUUUGAUUUCCUACUUUAUAUCUGGCGGCUGGCAACGUACAAGAUACCCGUUAUUGGAGGCCGGGCACGAGGCAGAGAGAAGCCCCGCGCCCCGAGUCUGAGCGAGCGACCAAGUGGGCACCGGCGAGCGUUCAGUCUUCGCGGAGUGGAACGUGAAAGCAGUGGUUAUGGUUCCCGUCCUGGAUCACGGCCUAAAGUCCUACGAGACGACCGUGCCGCAGAAUAUCAAUAA